CCUUCUGUUCUAUUUUCUUGAUAUUUUUCUCGUUUUUUCAGAAAAUGAAUAAUGGCCGUGUUGGAGAAAAACUUUAGAUCUCAUUAUUAUGAAAAAGUUGGAUUUAGAGGAGUAGAGGAAAAGAAAUCUCUUGACAUACUUCUCAAUGAGAAACCAAUAGAUCGGGAGAAACUUCAUAACUUCUGUCUCAGGUUUGCAGUCCCUGGCAUAUACAGGAGUAGUGUGUGGAGAGUUCUUCUUGGUAUAAUCCCUGUUUACUGCCAAAGUCAAGAAUUGGUUUGGAAUAUUAGAACGCAGCUGUAUACGGACCUAGAGAAAACCCUGUCUAUAACUAGGAAGCUGUGUAAGGAUAAUGUUACAAAUCUCACCUUUAUCUGGUUACUCAACUCAAACAAACUGAAGUUUGAUAUUGCUGAUCAGCUGAUGGAACAGGAAAAUGAAAAUUUCCGAAGAAUCAUCUCUGCUCUUCUCAACAUUCUCCAAACUGAACCAGAGGUACUAUGGGUUGGGAGUAAACUGCAUGAGUUUUUGUGGAAUAAUUCUCGAGACUGGAGAGGAAUAAGGGACUGCAUGCUUAAACUUCUCAAAGAAGAUGGAGAACUUGUUGCACAUCUGGAACUGUAUGGUUUACUGGACGAUAUCUCAGGUUCAGGGAUAAUCAGUGCAGCAUUCUCUACCAUGCUUCAACCUUAUCAUCUAUCAAGGCUCUGGGAUAAGGUGAUUGCUGGAAGCUUUAAAGUUCUUCUCUACACCCUUUCUGCAUUUCUCGACCGAUUCAGGACUGAGGUUUUGAAGGUUUCAUCUCUACCCCAACUCCUGGAGAUUAUGUCCAAUAUGACCGAAGUUGAACAGGAAACUGUACUCAUGCACGGUAUUGAUGUUUGGGAGAUGGAUGGAUGUCCUCUUGUAUCCGGAGCUAUCCUUGAACCUCGUCCUAUCCACCCCUUCCAACCCAGGACUGAAAAUAGGUUGUCAAGAGAGAUUAAUGUUGCCAUGUAAAUUUCAGA